CAGGUGCAAAGUGCGUCACUCGCAACGGGACGACGUCGAGAUCCCAUACAAAUAUCCAUAGAAUCCUUGUUUACCCUCGAAACGGCUGUUCAUUUCUAUUCCCGAACCAAAGCUCCACGUGUGCGCUCAUUCUCCGUCUUCCUCGCAAGCCGCCGCAAGAAUCUCGUCCUUCCUUCUCUAAUUUCAACCAUGUCGCUUGACUUUUCCAAGGUGGAGAACAACCCGGUGCCGCUCAUCGCUGAGAAGCACAACAAGAACGUGGCGUUUGUCGUGUACCGCAACAAGAACAAGAACGUGGUUGUGUACGCUGCCAACAUCCGCGAGGACGGCACGCUGGACCCUGAGAACCCGCUGGACGUGUACUGGAUCAUGUUCGAGCAGGACGGCGCCCCCCGCGAGGAGCUCAACAUGAUUGAGCGCAAUACGGCUUACGGUGCCACCGUCAAGCCGCGUGAGGGCCAUCCCGGUGAGUACGAGGUGACGCUGACGUCGCUCAAGGACCGCGUCAUCUACCUGUCCAUCGUGGACGGCAAGCCUGUGGGUCGCGGCUCCAUUAACGGCCAGGACGGCUGCACGCUCGAGCGCGUGUUCGUCUACUCCACCACGUCGUGGGGCAUGCCCAAGGUGCAGCACAUCGAGAUCCACGGCAAGGACGCUGAGGGCAACGCCAUCAUGGAGAAGAAGAUCCCGUAGACGGAGAGUCGUCGCCGUUGCAUCUGCUGCAAAGCAGACUGUGAGUCCAACGGAGAGCUUGAUGCUCCCAAUAAACAAGAACUCAAAAAAUGUAAUAGAAAAAAAAAUCGCUACCAUGACAUUGUAACAACACGACCGUCUUCUUAUGUGAAAUGCAGAAGCUGUAGACGAAUCCUAGGACAAGCAAGUCUGUAAUUUAUGACUCUGAAGUACUUGCAAACUCAUUAUUGAUA